AUGGCAAGCCAUGGCGUCCGGCGAUUCAAACCGGUGGAGAAGACCCCGGAGGAACGGCAGCAGGAGUUACGCAAGAUAGAUGAAUACAAAUCUCUCGAACAUCUUGUUUCGGAAAAGGUGGCUGAGCGUGAAUUUACAGCCGACACGCUGAAGAAGAUCUCCGAGCUACUCAGUCGGAACCCAGAAUACUACACUGUCUGGAACUACCGACGACAGGCCUUAAGACAUCAAUUUUUUGAGGCUGGGAAUUCAAGCGAAGAAAAUGCAGCCAGAUCUGUUAUAUCGUUGAUCAAAAGUGACUUAAUGUUUCUGAUGCCGCUUCUGCGAAGUUUUCCUAAAUGCUAUUGGAUCUGGAAUUAUCGGCUAUGGCUGCUUGAUGAAGCUCGCCGACUUCUCCCACAAUCUGACGCUCAUAAAAUUUGGCAAGAAGAACUUGUCCUCGUAGGGAAAAUGUUGACGCUUGACAGUCGCAAUUUUCAUGGCUGGGGUUACCGCCGCUUAGUCGUGGAUGCACUGAAGCAACUAGGCACCCCGGCCGAGGUCAUGGGCAUGACCCAGAAGGAAUUUGACUAUGCAAAGAAGAUGAUUAGUGCCAACCUCUCGAACUUCUCCGCAUGGCAUUACCGGACCAAGCUCAUCUUGCGAAUACUUGAAGAACAGUCUGCGAGUGAUGACGAACGAAGAAAAAUGUUGGACGACGAGCUGGCUCUUAUUCAUCAAGCAUUUAUUGACCCUUAUGAUCAAUCUCUAUGGUUCUAUCACCAGAAUCUGUUGUGCGUGUUCGAUCCAUCGGUAGCGGAUAGGACCAUGGCUCCAAAUUUGACUACGUCAGACCGACUUCAAUACAUCCACACAGAGAUUGAAGCUAUCGAAGACAUGCUGGAUGGGUCUGAGGACUGCAAGUAUAUCUACCAGUCCCUAAUUGAAUGCACUCUACUUGUUUCCAAGUUGGUGGAUAGCUUGUCACACAAGAAUCGGUCUCGAAUUUUGAGCUGGCUCUCAGUGCUGAAGAAGCUCGACCCACUACGGCAACAACGGUGGCUGGAUUUUGAACAGAACCUAUGA